UGGAGCAAGAGAGCACCACGGAGGAUGAGCAGAAACCACCAGCUGCAAUGGAAGUGCAACGGGCUGCAGGCUACCACGAGGAGCAAGGGAGCACCACGGAGGAUGAGCAGAAACCACCAGCUGAAAUGGAAGAGCAACGGGCUGCAGGCUACCACGAGGAGCAAGGGAGCACCACGGAGGAUGAGCAGAAACCACCAGCUGAAAUGGAAGAGCAACGGGCUGCAGGCUUCCACGAGGAGGAAGGGAGCACCACGGAGGAUGAGCAGAAACCACCAGCUGAAAUGGAAGUGCAACGGGGUGCAGGAUACCACGAGGAGCAAGGGAGCACCACGGAGGAUGAGCAGAAACCACCAGCUGAAAUGGAAGUGCAACGGGCUGCAGGCUACCACGAGGAGCAAGGGAGCACCACGGAGGUUUGUGCGCCCGGUGUGCAGGAUGAGCAGAAACCACCAGCUGAAAUGGAAGAGCAACGGGCUGCAGGCUACCACGAGGAGCAAGGGAGCACCACGGAGGUUGGUGCGCCCUUUGUGCAGGAUGAGCAGAAACCACCAGCUGAAAUGGAAGAGCAACGGGCUGCAGGCUUCCACGAGGAGCAAGGGAGCACCACGGAGGAUGAGCAGAAACCACCAGCUGAAAUGGAAGUGCAACGGGCUGCAGGCUUCCACGAGGAGCAAGAGAGCACCACGAAGGAUGAGCAGAAACCACCAGCUGAAAUGGAAGAGCAACGGGCUGCAGGCUUCCACGAGGAGCAAGAGAGCACCACGGAGGUGAAAGAUGACUCCCGCCCUGCUGAUGAGACCAAGAGCGAGGCCAGCGGCAGCGACCAAUAGAUUGAUUUAUUAGCUGGAAGUAAAGGAAACACACACUUUUUCUCUCUCUGUCGGUCUUUCCUUUUCUCUGACUCUCUAUCUAUUUCUUUUUUUUCUCAUUCACUCCUAUCCCCUUCUCGCUCUUACUCACACAUACCCACACGGACAAACACAUUUGUUUAGAUGCUUUUUCUGACAUUAUAUAACAUUCAGUUGUUUGCUUUGUUCACACUUUGAUAUUUAUGCUGACAUAUAGGAUUUUUACACCAAGGCAUUGAUACCAGGAGUACAUAUAUAUAUUGAGUAUUCAGUGUGGCCUUGCUUUCUUAUUUAUGAUGACAUAUAUGAGUUUACUACCAAGGCAUUAAUUGUUUGGUCAACUUGCACGUUGAACUAUUAUAGAAAGAUAAAGGACUAUAAUUG